CGUCCAGAUGGCCUCGGGGCUGACCCCGCUGACCCUCCUGCUGCUGCUGCUGCUGGCUGGGGAUGGAUACUUCUCAAAUCCAAAUGCUGCCAGCUCCAGCUCCAGGGAUCCAAAGAGCUUGCAAGAGGAAAGCGAAGGGAACAUCGUGGAGAGAGAUAACCCCAAUACUCUAACCACUCUGCACGUGGAAGAGAGUUCCACAUUGCCGAAGACCAACCCAGCAACCAGCUCAGCCACUGUGAUAAUGGCUGGCACCACUGAUCAACCCACCACCCUGCCAACUACCCAGCCCCCGACAGAGCCUCCUACCCAACCCCCCACAGAGCCUCCUACCCAACCCCCCACAGAGCCUCCUACCCAGCCCCCCACAGAGCCUCCUACCCAGCCCCCAACAGAGCCUACUACCCAGCCCAUGCCUGAGCCCUUCUGCCCAGAGCCUGGUGCUCUCUGCUCUGAUUUGGAGACUCAUUCUGCAGAAGCAGUGUUGGGGGAAGCUUUAGUAGAUUUCUCCCUGAAACUCUAUCAGGCCUUCUCAGCAGUGAAGAAGCCUGAGACCAACUUGGUCUUUUCCCCAUUCAGCAUCGCCAGCCUCCUCACUCAGGUCCUGCUUGGGGCUGGAAACAGCACCAGAAGAAACCUGGAGAGCAUCCUCUCCUACCCUGAGGACUUCACCUGUGUCCACCAGGCACUGAAGGCCUUCACGUCCAAAGGCAUCACCUCAGUCUCUCAGAUCUUCCACAGCCCAGACCUGGCUAUAAGGGACAGCUUUGUGAACGCCUCUCAGAGUCUGUAUGGCAGCAGCCCCAGAGUCCUGAGCAAUGAUAGUGAUGCCAACUUGGAGCUUGUCAACACCUGGGUGGCUGAGAACACCAAUCACAAGAUCAGGCAACUGCUAGACAGCCUGCCUUUGGACACCCGCCUUGUCCUCCUCAAUGCCGUCUACCUGAGCGCCAAGUGGAAGACAGCAUUUUCUCAAAGUAAAACCAGGAUGGAGCCCUUUUACUUCAAAGACUCUGUUAGAAAAGUGCCAAUGAUGAAUAGCAAGAAGUAUCCUAUGACCCAUUUCAUUGAUCCAACUUUGAAGGCCAAGGUGGGGCAGCUGCAGCUCUCACACAACCUGAGCGUGGUGCUCCUGGUGCCUCAGAGCCUGAAACACCAUCUCGAAGACAUGGAGCAGGCUCUCAGCCCCACUGUGCUAAAGGCCAUCAUGAGGAAGUUGGAGAUGUCCAAAUUCCACCCCACUCUGCUAAUGUUGCCCCGCAUCAAAGUGAAGACCAGCCAGGACAUGCUGUCAGUCAUGGAGAAACUGGAAUUCUUCGACUUUUCUUAUGACCUCGACCUAUGUGGGCUGACGAAGGACCCGGAUCUGGCGGUUUCUGCGAUGCAGCACCAGUCUGUGCUGGAGCUGACAGAGACUGGGGUAGAGGCAGCCGCUGCGUCUGCUGUCUCCGUGGCCCGCACCUUGCUGGUGUUUGAAGUGCAGCAGCCGUUCCUCUUCCUGCUCUGGGACAACCAGCACAAGUUUCCUGUCUUCAUGGGGCGGGUUUAUGAUCCCAGGGCCUAAGACCUUCAGGGGCCAGAUUAGGAUGAGCUGAGGCUCUCCCAGAGGCAGCCCUGCUGCUGCCUGCCUGGUCUUGCCCCCGGCCAGCUCCCACCUCAAGUGUCCUCUGUCUGCCAUCUAAAGGGCCCCCUCAGGGUCUGACAAAGGGACCUGCUGCUGUCAGCACUUCCCCAUGGCUCUGCCAUGCUCUCCAAGCCACUUUAUGCAGCUUUGCAGCUUCUUCUGGUUCAAGUUUAUCAUACUCUAACAAAUAAAACCUGGUAGACCAUGA